UCUUUCUUCUUAUUUACUUAUUUAUUUAUUUUAACAAAGAAUAUAGUGACUGUCAAGAAACGGGAGAAAGCUUUGGCACUUGUUUGUUGGGGGGAAGGAAAAUAAAUUAAAAAAAGAUUGCAGGAGAUUUGAGUUAUUAUAUGGUCAGGGCUCCGUUUAGAGUCUGUGGUAUUCAAAGCUGGCUUUAGUCACAGCAUGAUGCUUGAAGCCUCCCAAAGCCCAAGUGUUUCCUUUCUUUCCGGUUUUUUUUUUUUUUUUAAACGUUACUUCAAUGAGGCAGAGGGCUGCCUGUGAGUGACGUCAGGAGUUUGAGCAGUGAGCUGCACAGGAGAAGGGAGGCUGGGUGAGUGACAGCCCAGCCUACUUUUUAAUAGCUUUGUCAUGUGACUGGGGACUGUAGUAAGACAGGUGCCUUCAGUUCACUCUCAGUAAGGGGCUGGUUGCCUGCAUGAGUGUGUGCUCUGUGUCACUGUGGAUUGGAGUUGAAAAAGCUUGACUGGCGUCAUUCAGGAGCUGGAUGGCGUGGGACAUGUGCAACCAGGACUCUGUAUGGAGUGACAUCGAGUGUGCUGCUCUGGUUGGAGAAGACCAGCCACUUUGCCCAGAUCUUCCUGAACUUGACCUUUCUGAACUCGAUGUGAAUGACUUGGAUACAGACAGCUUUUUGGGUGGACUCAAGUGGUGCAGUGACCAAUCAGAAAUAAUAUCCAAUCAGUACAACAACGAGCCUUCAAACAUCUUUGAGAAGAUAGAUGAAGAAAAUGAGGCAAACUUGCUAGCAGUCCUUACAGAGACACUGGACAGUCUCCCUGUGGAUGAAGACGGAUUGCCCUCAUUUGAUGCACUGACAGAUGGAGAUGUGACCACAGAGAAUGAGGCUAGUCCUUCCUCUAUUCCUGAUGGCACCCCUCCGCCUCAGGAGGCAGAAGAGCCGUCUCUACUUAAGAAGCUGUUACUGGCACCAGCCAACACUCAGCUAAGUUAUAAUGAAUGCAGCGGUCUCAGUACCCAGAACCAUGCAAACCACAAUCACAGGAUCAGAACAAACCCUGCAGUUGUUAAGACUGAGAAUUCAUGGAGCAAUAAAGCGAAGAGCAUUUGUCAACCACAAAAGCCACAAAGACGUCCCUGCUCGGAGCUUCUCAAGUAUCUGACCACAAACGAUGACCCUCCUCACACCAAACCCACAGAGAACAGGAACGGCAGCAGAGACAAAAGCACCUCCAAAAAGAAGUCCCACACACAAUUGCAGACGCAACAUUUACAAGCCAAACCAACAACUUUAUCUCUUCCUCUGACCCCAGAGUCACCAAAUGACCCCAAGGGUUCCCCAUUUGAGAACAAGACUAUUGAACGAACCUUAAGUGUGGAACUCUCUGGCACUGCAGGCCUAACUCCACCCACAACUCCUCCUCAUAAAGCCAACCAAGAUAACCCUUUUAGGGCUUCUCCAAAGCUGAAGUCCUCUUGCAAGACUGUGGUACCUCCGCCAUCCAAGAAGCCUCGCUACAGUGAGACUUCUGGUACCCAUGGCAGUAAUACUGCCAACAAAGGGCCCGAACAAUCUGAGCUGUACGCACAGCUGAGCAAGACCUCAGCGCUCACCAGUGGCCACGAGGAAAGAAAGGCCAAACGGCCCAGUCUCCGGCUAUUUGGGGACCAUGACUAUUGUCAGUCCAUUAAUUCCAAAACAGAAAUACUGAUCAAUAUCUCACAGGAGCUCCUAGACUCUCAACAACUUGAAUAUAAAGAUACGCCCUGUGAUUGGCAGGGGCAGCAGAUCUGUUCUUCCACAGAUUCAGGCCAGUGCUACCUGAGAGAGACUUCGGAGGUGGGUAAACAGAGUUCCCCUUGCAGCACCAGAAAACAGCUCCAAGACCAGGAAAUCCGAGCCGAGCUGAACAAGCACUUCGGUUAUCCCAGUCAAGCUGUUUUUGAUGAUGAAGCAGACAAGACCAGUGAACUGAGGGACAGUGAUUUCAGUAAUGAACAAUUCUCCAAACUACCUAUGUUUAUAAAUUCAGGACUAGCCAUGGACGGCCUGUUUGAUGACAGCGAGGAUGAAAGUGAUAAACUGAGCUACCCUUGGGACGGCACGCCAUCCUAUUCCUUGUUCGACAUGUCGCAUUCUUGCUCUUCUUUUAACUCUCCAUGUAGAGAUUCUGUGUCGCCACCUAAAUCCUUAUUUUCUCAAAGACCCCAAAGGAUGCGUUCUCGGUCAAGGUCCUUUUCUCGACACAGGUCUUGUUCCCGAUCACCUUAUUCCAGGUCAAGAUCACGGUCCCCAGGCAGUAGAUCUUCUUCAAGGUCUUGCUACUACUAUGAGUCAAGUCACUGCAGACACCGCACGCACCGGAAUUCACCCCUGUGUUCGAGGUCAAGGUCAAGAUCGCCCUAUGGCCUUAGGCCCAGGUAUGACAGCUACGAGGAGUAUCAGCAUGAAAGGCUGAAGAGGGAAGAAUACCGCAAAGAGUAUGAGAAGCGGGAGUCCGAAAGGGCCAAACAAAGGGAGAGGCAGAGGCAGAAGGCAAUUGAAGAACGCCGAGUGAUUUAUAUUGGCAAAAUCAGACCUGACACAACACGAACGGAACUGAGGGACCGAUUUGAAGUUUUUGGUGAAAUUGAGGAGUGCACAGUAAAUCUGCGGGAUGAUGGAGACAGCUAUGGUUUCAUUACCUACCGUUAUACCUGUGAUGCUUUUGCUGCUCUUGAAAAUGGAUACACUUUGCGCAGGUCAAAUGAAACUGACUUCGAGCUGUAUUUUUGUGGAUGCAAGCAAUUUUUCAAGUCUAACUAUGCAGACCUAGAUUCAAACUCAGAUGACUUCGACCCUGCCUCCACCAAGAGCAAGUAUGACUCUCUGGAUUUCGAUAGUUUACUGAAAGAAGCUCAGAGAAGCUUGCGCAGGUAACAUGUUCCCUGACUGAGGAUGACAGAGGAACGGUGAAUACCUCACGGGACAGGGCAUACUUCCCUGAUAGACUAUCACAAGUCAUACUUAGGAAUCUCUCCUGCGUUACACUCUCUGUACAAAAACAAAACAACAGUACAACACAAAUAACACCAACCAUGGUUUACAUGAACCCAGCUGCUGAAGAGGCAAGAGACAGAAUGGAUAUCCAGUAAGCACAUGUUUCUUCAUGGGGGUUAGCUUUACUUUCCCUGGGAUCUUUUGGUGGUGGAGUGUGUGUGUGUGUGUGUGUGUGUGUGUGUGUGUGUGUGUGUGUGUGUGUGUGUGUGGUGUGAGUAUAUCGGUGGGAACUAGGGCACCUGACCAGAGUAUGCAGGGGCAAACCACUUAAAUGGCAGCAGUUCCAUGAAGACACACUUAAAACCUAGAACUUCAAAAUGUUUAUAUUCUAGUCAAAAGGAAAAAGAAUAUUGCAUAGAUUCAAAAGGAAAGAAAGCAACCAACCAAUCAACUAAUUAACCAAGAAACCAACCACAAGCCACCCUAAAAUGACAGCCGCUGAUGUCUGCACAUCAGGCUCCAGACUUGUUUUUUAAAAGAAAAAGUGCAAAAUCAAAUUGAAGCAAGCUUCAUCUUACAGCUUCAGGACAAUCCUGAAGCACUCACAGGUUCCGUAAAACUAGAAUCCUGGAUCCCCCCCCCCCUUUUACUUUUAUCUUUUUUUUUUUUUUGUCCCCCUUGGUUGGUUCUUCUUUUAUCCCCCUUUUGCCAUGGAAUCUGGGUGGGAGAGGACACUGCGGGCACUGGAAUGUGAAACUUUCCCAACAUUUUGAAGUUUCUCUUGUUCGUCUUUUAUCCUGACGCCCAUGUAUAUGUCCAACAUGUUGAUCUUCUACUGAAAAAAUCUCAGAAGCCUUGUCACAUGGUCACACAUGCGGCUUGUUCAGCCGUCCUGUCUGAGGAGUGAGCACAGUGAGACAUUACUAAGGAGGGUCCUGCAAAAACUCUCGGCGAUAUGUUCAGAUAGUGUAACCACUACAUUCUCCGAUGUAGUUAAGUAUUUACAGAUGUUAAAUGGAGUAUUUUUAUUUUGUGUAAAUACUAUACGAAGAUGUUCUCUUUUUUGUUACAGCUAUGCACUGUAAAUGCAGCAUUCUUUUCGAAACUGCUCAAUUUUUCUUAAUCAAGAAUAUUCAAAUGUAAUUAUAAGGUGAAACGAUUAUUGUACACUAACAUAUUUAGAAGCUGAACUUACCGCUUAUAUAUAUUUGAUUGUUAAAAAAAAAAAGACAGUGUGUAUGUCCUUUGAGUGCAACAGCAGCAAACCGAUGCUUUCUCGCACAUCCAUACCUUUGUAGGUGAGCUUCAAUCUUAUAAGCAUCUCGUCAAGAAAUCUCCUAGUCCCCUACAGGUUAUUAACCACUUCUGCGAUAUUUUUCCACAUUUUCUUGUUGCUUGUUUUCCUUUGGAGUUUUAUACACUGGAUUUGUUAGGGGAAUGAAAUUUUCUCAUCUAAAAAUUUUCUAGAAGAUAUCAUGAUUUUAUGUAAAGUCUCAAUGGGUAACCAUUAAGAAAUGUUUUUAUUUUCUCUAUCAACAGUAGUUUUGAAACUAGAGGUCAAAAAAAUCUUUUUAAAAUGCUGUUUUGUUUUAAUUUUUGUGAUUUUAAUUUGAUACAAAAUGCUGAGGUAAUAAUUACAGUAUGAUUUUUACAAUAAUCAAUGUGCGUCUGAAGACUGUCUUUGAAGCCAGUAUCUCUUUCCCUUGGUGGAGUACGAUGAUGGUAUUUAUCUGUAUUUUUUACAGUUAUGCAUCCUAUAUAAAUACUGAUAUUUCAUUCCUUUGUUUACUAAAGAGACAUAUUUAUCAGUUGCAGAUAGCUAUUUAUUAUAAAUUAUGAGAUGAUGAAAAUAAUCACACCAGUGGAAAUUUUCUACCUAGGAUGCAUGGCAAUUGUCAGGUUGGAGUUUAAAUGUUUCAUUUGAGAAAUUCAGCUUUUGCAGAAGCAGUGCUUCUACUUGCACUAGCACGGCCUCUGACAUGACCAUGAUGUUGUUCUUGAUGGCAUUGCUUCUACUAAAUUCAAUAAUAAUACAAAUAAUUAAAAAAAAAAACCUUCAAAAAAAAAACACAACCCUCCAUUAUGAACAUCAGGAUUUCAUCUGAGUGUGGAUCCCGUGGAAUGGAAGUCAGUAAUCUUUGGAGUGUGUAUUCAAGUUUUUUUUUUUUUUUACAUUGAGAUUCGAUUCCAUUUUGUCCAGCAUGACUUUUCUGGAAGACAUAAUAUGCCUACUACUUAAUCGUUCUUUUCCUUUCUCUCACCCAACACAAUCUUAGAAAGAAAAAAAAAAAGGAUUUCACCCCCAGGCCAAUGCAGCUAAUUUUGAUAGCUGCAUUCAUUUAUCACCAGCAUAUUGUGUUCUGAGUGAAUCCACUGUCUGUCCUGUCGGAUGCUUGCUUGAUUUUUUGGCUUCUUCUUUCUAAGUAGAUAGAAAGCAAUAAAAAAAAUAUUACAAAGUAAAAGAACUUGUUCACAGAUUCUGCGUUACAACAGUAACACAUCUUCAAUCUGCCUAUUCUUGUUGUUCUGUAGGUUAAAUGCAGGUAUUUUCUGUGUGAACGCCAAACUAAAGUUUACAGUCUUUCUUUCUGAAGUUUGAGUAUCUUCUGUUGUAGAAUAAUAAGAAAAAAAAGACUAUUAAAAGCAAUAAAUUAUUUUUAAGAAAUCAAUAUUUAGUAAAUCAUAUUAUGUGUUCAAGGACCAUAUGCGUUCUCGAUUUUGCCUUUCAAUUUUUGUGAUCCAAUUUUAAAUACAUUCUCCUUUUGGCCCUGGAUUUGUUGACAUGAGUAAAGAUACUUGGUUUCUUUUCUUACUUAUCAAAAGACAACACUGCAGAUGUCAUGUUAAUGUAUUCCCCCUCCCCAGCCUGACAAAUAUUGUUACUAUGAAGAUAGCUUUUUAUCCGUGGACUUCAAAUUGCAUCUAAAAUUAGUGCAAAGAGAGACUCACUAAACCAUCUUAACGGAGCUUUUGUAUUUUAUGCAGACACUGUGGGUAGCCCAUCAAAAUGUAAACUGUGUUCCUUUGACUUCAAUUUGUUAAAUUUUUGUUGAAGUGACUAUUCCAAAUGAACCCACAUACUCCUCUUCCCCGUACCCCCCCCCCCCCCAUAAUCACUGGAGGCAAAUUUCAGCAUAGAUUUGUAGGAUUUUUAGAGGACUACAGGCCAUUGCCUUCAUGCCACGGUAAGUACCACAUCUACAAUUUUGGUAACUGAACUGGUGCUUUAGAAAUGUGGGUAUUUUUUUGUUUGUUUCCCAGAGAGAGAGAAAGAUCAGUAGCUGAAUAAUUCUUCCAGUACAAGAAAAUCAAUUGUUGCUAAAUGACUCCAAGAACUGUCAACAUUCAAAGUAGCAGAGAGAGAACGUUGCACUAUUGGGAUAUGAUGGUUGGGUCAGUUACUUAUUUUUUAAAGGAAACCUUUUCAUGCCUUUAGAUGUGAACUUACAGUAGGUAAUGAUUAUGUGUCCUUUUUUGAUGGCUGUAACGAGAACUUCAAUCACUGUAGUCCAAGACCUGAUCUAUAGGUGACCUAGAAUAGCCAUGUAAUAUAAUGUGAUGAUUCUAAAUUUGUACCUAUGUGACAGACAUUUUCAAUAAUGUGAACUGCUGAUUUGAUGGAGCUACUUUUAAGAUUUGUAGGUGAAAGUGUAAUUCUGUUGGUUGAACUAUGCUGACGAGGGAAAGUGAGCGAUUAGUUGAGCCCUUUUUUUUUUCCACCUGCCAAUUCUACAUGUAUUGUUGUGGUUUUACUCAUUGUAUGAAAAUUCCUGUGAUUUUUUUUUUAAUGUGCAGUACACAUCAGCCUCACUGAGCUAAUAAAGGGAAACGAAUGUUUCAAAUCUA